GACGCUGAGAGCCGAGCGCUGAUGCUUAGAGCAGAGGAAUAUCCAGCGAGACGGGCGGCUGCCGCACACCUGCUUUUCCGUUAUAUCACUUCACCAAACCGGGAGAUUCUUUAAGACCUAUUAUCAUUCGUGGUUAACCAACAUCCAUGCGAUUCUUCAGGCUUACCUUCAAGUGCUUUGUCGACUGCUUUUGAGACCCUUUUAUUCCUCGUCUGCCGGCGACGCACGUCAAUUAUUAUAAUUCGGAGCUCAGUCUUGUCAGCAAUCUAUCGAGGAUCAAUUUUUACGCGAACAAUCGGACGGCCAUCCCGCGGAAAGGCACUGAGCCACGCGAAUUGAAAAAAUAAUAAAACGCGAGGAACCGUUAUUCGUGAAUUGUCGGGCGCGCGGCGCUCCUGCUGGCCGGCGCGCGGCAUGUCGCCAGAAGAGCAUUUCUCCAAUGAUGGCGGACCGUGUGAGGAUGAAUCUCAGGAGGAAGCAGAAGUCGCCCGUCCCUUGGUGUCAGAGACUGAGGGCUCCGGUGCAGAGGUUGCUGAGCCCAGUGUCUGCACGGGUUUGAUGGAGGCAGGCCACCCCGCCGCAGAACUGGAGCAUUCAGAACGACAAACCUGGAGCAGACAGAUGGACUUCAUCAUGUCCUGUGUUGGAUUUGCUGUUGGCCUUGGAAAUGUCUGGAGAUUUCCUUACCUCUGUUAUAAGAACGGAGGAGGUGUGUUUCUGAUCCCUUAUAUCCUGAUGGUGUUUGUUGGAGGUGUCCCAGUGUUCUUCCUGGAGAUCGCUCUGGGUCAGUUCAUGAAGCAGGGUGGGGUGGCCACCUGGAACAUCGCACCUCUUUUUAAAGGGCUUGGAUUGGCAUCGAUGGUGAUCGUGUUCUUCUGCAACACCUACUACAUCAUGGUUCUGGUGUGGGGCCUGUAUUUUCUGGCUCACUCCUUCACCUCCCCUCUGCCGUGGGCCACCUGCGGACACGAGUGGAACACGGUCAACUGUACCACUAACUUCAGCCGUGUGUGUUUCAAUCAGUCAUCGUCCCCUUCCCCUCCCAAGAUCUCCUCCCUCAACACAAGUGCCAGCUGCCUGGAGCCCACGGGUUUGCGAUCAUCUGUUAUGGAGUUCUGGGAGCGUAAAGUCCUACGUCUCUCUGGAGGUUUGGACGAAGUGGGUGACAUUAGCGGGUACAUGGUCUUGUGUCUGCUUGCUACGUGGGUCAUCGUUUACUUCUGCAUCUGGAAGGGUGUUAAGUCCGCUGGAAAGGUUGUGUAUUUCACGGCUGUGUUCCCGUAUCUAGUCCUGGUGGUCUUGUUUGUUCAUGGCGUCUCACUGCCAGGAGCUCUCAAUGGCAUUAUUUACUACCUGAAACCAGACUGGAGCAAACUCUCCGAGGCACAGGUAUGGAUUGAUGCUGCCACACAGAUCUUCUUUUCUUAUGCCAUCGGUCUGGGGGCCCUGACAGCUCUUGGGAGCUACAACCGAUUCAACAACAACUGUUACCAGGAUGCAUUCAUUCUGGCUCUCAUAAACAGCGGCACAAGCUUCUUCGCAGGCUUUGUGGUUUUCUCAGUUUUGGGAUUCAUGGCAGCUGAGCAAGGCGUUGACAUCAGCAAUGUGGCAGAAAGCGGUCCUGGUUUAGCGUUUAUUGCCUAUCCAAAAGCCGUCUCGCUCAUGCCUUUAGCGCCGCUGUGGGCGGUGCUCUUCUUUCUUAUGCUUCUGGUCUUGGGACUGGACAGUCAGUUUGUCGGUGUUGAAGGCUUCAUUACUGGAAUAAUAGACAUGCUGCCCCCAAAGUCAUUCCUAGGCUCUCAGCGUCGGGAAGUCGUUGUGGCUAUAUGCUGCUUUACCUGUUUUACUAUCGACCUUUCCAUGGUAACGCAGGGAGGGAUGUACGUAUUUCAGCUGUUUGAUUAUUACUCGGCGAGUGGGAUCACUCUGCUCUGGCAAGCCUUCUGGGAGUGUGUGGUGGUGGCCUGGGUGUAUGGGGCUGACCGCUUUAUGGACAACGUGGCCUGUAUGAUCGGCUAUCGUCCUCUGCCGUAUAUGAAGUGGUGCUGGUCUUACGUGACUCCAGUAGUGUGUAUGGGCGUUUUCUUCUUUCAUGUGGUCAACUACAAGCGAUUAGUGUAUAAUGCGGUGUACGUGUACCCGUGGUGGGGUGAGGUGCUGGGCUGGUUUCUCGCUCUCUCAUCCAUGCUUUGCAUUCCUCUCACCGUCCUCUACAAACUGCUGCACUGCAAAGGCUCUCUCAUGGAGCGCUGGCAUCAUCUGACCACACCUGUCUGGGGUCGACAUCACCUCGAGUUCCUUCCACCGGAGAAUGAAGCCAGACUUCUUCCAAAGGCAGAAGAGAAUAAAAACACACUGUUAUAUGAAAGUGUCAUUUAAUGUCCUGUCCAGUACUAGCAAAUGAUCAGCUACAGACAACACUGCCCUGCACGCACACACACACACACACACACACACACACACACACACACACACACACACACACACACACACACUCUCAUGAACUCAUGAAAUCCAAUCAUUAGAGUCAAGUCCAUACUACAAAGCAGUGAACCUAUAUGCCAUUAAUAUAUAGAGUGUCAUCCCACAUCAGACACACUAGAGUCCGUGCAUAUCAACCGUCAUACGGUAAUAUACUGAUCUUCUCUCAGUGUAAUCAUAUUUCAGCAGAAGGCCUCAGAAGUGUUUGACCAUUAUCUGGCAGUGUGCUGAUGUUGUUCAGUAUUAUGUGUUUGUGUCUGUUACGCUGCACUGAGAUCUUACAGCAGUGCUGUGGAGCAGAGAGUGGGGUCAUUAAUAAAAACUCAUUUCAGAGCAAAAAA